AUGUACACAUUGUUCGUCAUUCUUGACAACACAAGGAAGACACUGACAGCUUAUAUCACUGAUUGGGCUAUACCCGCCUCAAUUCCUUGGAGCAAGCUCGAUCACGUCAACUAUGCCUUUGGUGUACCGGACAAGUCUGGUAAUUUGAGCGAUUUCGAUGUGGAUCAGCUUAAAUCUGUGGCGAAAGAAGCCCAUGCUCAUAACAAGACUAUUAGCCUGAGCGUUGGUGGAUGGAGCGGGUCCUUGUAUUUUAGCUCCUUGGCUCGCACGGACCAUUCCCGUCGGUCGUUUGUCAAUAUCCUCGUUCAAGCAUGCCAGGACUAUGACCUGGAUGGUAUUGACAUUGAUUGGGAGUAUCCGAACAGUGCGAAUGGCGUUUCAUGUAACGAAAAUGACCCUGCAGAUACUCCCAAUUUCCUUCAGCUCCUACAACUGCUUCGAGUCAAACUGGAUGCCAAAUUCGAUACGAAGAAGCUUAUAACGGCUGCAGUCAGCACACUGGUUUUUAAUGAUGCCAAGCAAGAGCCAUUUUCGCAUCUUAGUCCUGGAUGGGCAACAGCUUUGGAUGCUGUUCAAAUCAUGGGCUAUGACUUGAACGGAUUUUGGAACAAUCACACUGGACCCAACUCGCCACUUUACGAUGGCGGCGUCAACGACGAGCCUAGCAUUGAUGGAGCUGUGCGUGCAUGGGCCAAAGCUGGAAUUCCGCAUGAGCGUAUCGUUGUGGGCGUACCAUUUUUCGGCUACACCACCCGUGUCUCACAAGCUGCCAGUCAGCGUGCCCCAUAUGUCACCAUUGACCACAGCCAGCCGCAAAUUCAAGCCGAUGAAUACGACUCGGAAGACGUCGGGUUUUGUUCCGACACAGAGACCAAAUCUUUCUCAGGCGAAAUGCGAUGGCGAUCUAUCCACAAAUCUGUGCUGGGCGACAACAGCACCGCGUGGGACGUCUAUUUCGACGAUAUCACAAUGACACCUUAUGCUUAUAAUGCACAACGGAAACAGUACUUGAGUUUUGACAAUCCACAGUCGUUGAAAGCCAAGAUCGAUUAUGUCAAACAGUACAACUUGGGAGGCAUGAUGCUUUGGUCUUUGGAAAUGGAUGAUGAGCAACAUACCUUGUUGAACGCUCUUCAGGAUAUUUACCAGUGAAAGGCUAGAAAAGAAUUUCUCUCGUCCUUCCCUCUUUUGCAAACCCUUAUUCUUUUUCCUGUGAUUCACAUUUUUUUACACAUUCUCGUAAUUCGAUGUACACAAUAAUCACGACAUUUUACCUCUCUACAUGCAAUAAAAAGCUCGAUUACAUAGUUUACUCAGCAUAUACACGUGCUUCUUUGUGGUGGCGAUAAACAUAGUUAAGACAAAACGAUGUCGACCAAACUAUUGCUGCUAUUGUUGCUGCUUCUACAUCGGUUCAGGAUGUACCAAUCCCAUGCUGAGGCUUUGAAGCAAAUCUUCUCAUAUUACAUAAACGCAUGUACUGUUGCCUAAGAACACGGGAAAACAGAAAGACAACCCCAAAUAAUUUCAUGAUCAC